AUGGUAAAGACAUGUGCAAUUACUAUCAGGGAUCAGGUGCGUCGAAGCCACCAAGAGAAAAUGUCUAAUGAAUUGGCGGUGGAUGGUGAUGAUAUUUUAGGUUCAUUGAAAGUGAAGCCAUAUGCGAACAGUCUAAGGAAAGAGGGGGCGUCUAAGGAUGAUCAAUUAUCGUUGGAUGUAAAUAGUUUAAAUAUGAAGGAUGAGAUUUCUAAGGAUAGAAGAAGCAAUGGAAAGCAGGCUCAAACAUUUACUUUUGAGGAACUUGCAGCCGCAACGGGCAAUUUUAGAAAUGUUGUGGUCUAUGUCAAUAGAUUUGUAUUUCAUUACAUGGUUGUUGCUAUCAAGCAACUUGAUCGAAAUGGACUUCAAGGGAUUAGGGAGUUUGUAGUUGAAGUAGUGACCCUAAGUCUAGCAGACCAUCCAAAUCUUGUCAAGUUGAUUGGAUUUUGUGCUGAGGGAGAUCAGAGGCUAUUGGUUUAUGAGUACAUGCCAUUAGGUUCUCUGGAAAAUCAUUUACAUGAUGUUCCGCCCAAUAGGCAACCACUUGAUUGGAACACAAGAAUGAAAAUAGCUGCUGGUGCAGCAAAGGGUUUAGAGUAUUUGCACAAUGAAAUGACACCGCCUGUUAUAUAUCGCGAUCUAAAAUGCUCCAACAUUUUGCUUGGUGAGGGCUAUCAUCCAAAGCUAUCUGAUUUUGGACUGGCAAAAGUGGGACCCAGCGGAGAUAAGACUCAUGUUUCUACAAGGGUUAUGGGCACAUAUGGGUACUGUGCACCAGAUUAUGCAAUGACAGGCCAGCUGACGUUUAAAUCAGAUAUUUAUAGCUUUGGCGUUGUUCUUUUGGAGCUCAUCACAGGCAGGAAAGCAAUCGAUCAAAGUAAAGAUCGUAUUGAGCAGAAUCUCGUUGCAUGGUUGGUUGAUCAAACUGGCUCUACAUGGUUAACUGGUUCUGAUGGCACCACUGAUGGCUUUACUGUAGCCUUACCUCCAUUUAUCAAUACACCCUGUGUUUACAUGGCAGCAUUAUGUAAGGUUUUGAUUGUAAUAGAGGCACGACCCAUGUUCAAAGACCGUAGGAACUUUUCGCGCAUGGUUGACCCUUUGCUUCAAGGUCAAUAUCCAAUGAGAGGAUUAUACCAAGCUCUUGCCAUUGCUGCUAUGUGUGUGCAGGAGCAGCCCAAUAUGCGCCCUGGUGUAUCUGACGUGGUUAUGGCUCUGAACUAUCUGGCUUCUAACAAAUAUGAUCCCCAAAUUGCUUCUGUCCAAGACACUCGUAGGAGCCCAUCUCGUCCUGGAUUGGACGAGGACAAUGAUAGAGCACGAAGUGCAAAUGGUAGGCUCCUGAGUGACUAA